AUGUCGGCCAUAGAUUCUCGUAUUGAAGAAACACGAAAGAAAAUAACAGAUUGUAUAAGCGGGACUACAAAAGAGUAUAGCCAAAACGAAAAAGACAUAUUAAAUUUGUUAAUUGAAGUGUUAGAUAUAGUCCACGACGCGCAACAAGACAAACCCCUUCAAAAAACGAAAGAAGAGUUAAAGAAAGCGGAAAAAGAGACCAAAGAGCAAAAGAAAGCCGAAAAGGAGAUGAAAAAACAAGAAGAAAAAAAGCAGAAACAAGAGUUAAAACAGAAGAUCGGUCUUGAUAAAAAAGAAACGAAAAAGCAAAAAAAAAUAAAUUCUCCACGAGAAAGUGAUGAAGAAAAAAUCGAAGUGAAAGACACACAAGCAGGUCUGAAAGAUAAAGAUGAAAAAGAGACAACACAAGAUUCUAAAGACGGAAAAGAAACAAAAGAAGCCAAAGAUGAGAAAGAGAAAAAGUCAUCAAAAAAGUACUGUGUCUUUUUAGAAGAUGAUGAAGGGAGAGUAUGUUCAGAUAGUGACAAUGAAAAGAAAGAUAAAAAGGAUAAGAAAGAUCGAAAGAAGGUUUUUGACGAGUAA